ACUCCAUUUAAUAAACGGAUGCAUGUAAAAGAGUCAGGGAGGCUUCGACAUGUCGACCACGGGUCCCAUAAGUAAUUAUUAUGUGGAUUCCUUGAUCAACCAUGAAAACGAGGAUGUCCUUGCUGCAACUCGGUUUUCGGCGCCCGGUUCGCACCCAGCCGGCCCUCGUCCGACGUCCCUAGUACCGGAGUGUGCGGACUUUCCUUCCUGCAGCUUCGCACCCAAGCCACCCGUCUUCUCCACCUCCUGGGCCCCCGUUCACUCCCAGUCAUCAGUGGUUUACCAUCCAUACAGUCACCAACCUCACUUAGGCACAGACUCGAGGUAUAUGCGGUCAUGGCUGGAGCCCAUAUCCGGCGCAGUGCCUUUCCAUGGCUAUCCGGGGAACGGCAGGCACUACGGGCUGAAGCCCGAUGCCUUUCCGGAGCACAGAGCCGGCGAGUGUCUCAGCUCGAGCGGACGGACCUACACGGAUUAUAUGUACUGCUCAUCCACUGACGCGCGGGACAAGACGCAGCAGAGUCUCCCCUCUCCGGAGUCGGAGCUCCUGACUUCGGGGAAACAUAAAGAGGAGAAGCCGGAGCUAGAUCCCAAUAACCCUGUGGCAAAUUGGAUACAUGCCCGCUCAACGAGGAAGAAGCGAUGCCCUUACACAAAGUACCAGACUCUCGAACUGGAAAAGGAGUUUUUGUUCAAUAUGUACCUUACGAGAGACCGCCGAUACGAGGUCGCUAGGGUACUGAAUCUGACCGAGAGGCAGGUCAAAAUCUGGUUUCAGAACCGGCGAAUGAAGAUGAAGAAAAUGAACAAAGAAAAGACCAACAGCAAAGAACAGUAAAGCGGACUGCAGUGAAAAAACAACCAUAAUAACCACUAGUGACAUGGACAGCACAGAUGUACCAAAACACACGGCGAAACACCACCUUUCCUCUUCAUAUUUAUCUCUCUAUUGGAUUUUGUAUUAACCUUAACGUCCAGACUGUUUGAUGCUGAUUAUUAUUUUUUAGUGCACACUUAUUGUGUCCACCGUUUAAAAAAAUGGAAAAUAAAUAAAAAAAAUCUGGCGAUCAUAACAUUCUGCUUUCAAUUUUUUUUCUUUUGUAAGAGAAUUUAAAGAAGCGCAGAUCUGAUAUGAUUACCUGUCCUAAGAAAGAGAAUACUUGAAUUAAUUUGAAUUUCAGAAAAAACAUAAUUUAUGAUGUGAAUGUUUUCUUUCAUGUUUAUUUCCUUUGUACCGCUCUCGUGCAGGUGUAGUAUUUUGUACAGAAACAGAGCAUCUGCGAAUAGUAUGUCUGUCUUGUAUUUUGUGAUAGUUGUUGCUGUAUUUGUGUAUCUUUUUUCCCUUUUAAUUGUAGCCUACAACUUUAAUUAGAGUGUAGCCAUAGAGCACUGCAAAUAUAACCAAAAUCAAAAAUGCUUGUUUUCUGUGUUCAUUGGAGAGGGUGUUUGUGGAUUCAGCUGCAACACAGGAAGUCACAUCCAUAUCAUUCAUAAAAAGCGAUGUUCAAAUUGGGCAAACUGGGUCUCCAAAUUAAUAGUGGCUAUGCUGCUUACUACAAAGGCAGCCAAGGCCUCAACAAGACAACAAUGACCUCUGCAAAGGGUAAAAUCGAGUCGUCGGAGCUAGCAGUUAAUUUAAAGUUUUACAGGUCAACGUUG